AUGACAAUCCGCUCCAACAUAGCUCCGCACGUGGCGGCGAGUGGUACCCGUCGGGAGCCGUUCCUCGACGCGAUCAAGGGGCUGCUGAACGCCGAGAUCGCAUUCGACAAGAACGAGAUCCCGCUGGCGCUGAAGUACUACAGCAACUCGAGGCAGACGCCGCACAUCCAGUUCAACAUCGGGCAGCUGCACCUGUUCAGCAGCGCGCCGGAGCUGGCGGUGGAAAACUUUGAGCGCUCGAUCGAGCUCGACCACUGGUUCUGCGUGGGCUGGAUGCAGCUCGGCGGGAUCCUGUUCCAGGACCGCAGGUACAAGGAUGCCAUGUUCGUGUUUGGCGAAGCCCUGCGCUGCUUCAGGAACCGCGAGGAGAUCGACUACGAGCAACUGGGGCUGAAGUACGUCGUCAAGCACGAGGAGGUCCUGUGGAAUAGGGCGGCCGUGCAGAGGGCGUUGGAGUUGGACGAGCUGCGCGGUGCGAGGACUUACCAGGUGCCGAUUGGCUCUCUCUUUAGGGUCCCAGGUAGGUGGGCGCGGUCAAGGAUGAAAGCCGUGGGUGAUGGAACCGAAUGGGGUUUCAAGGGAAAAGGGAGGGUAGUGGCGGAAUGCGAGAGUGUUUAUCAACUGGAUAGAUAG